AUCUUCAGCCUGCAGCAUAACACUCCGGCCAUUCCAUCUGAAGGCUGAAAUGGGUCUCUCCACCAAACUUUUUGCGGUCCUCCUCCUGCUCCUCAUUGGUGGUUAUACUGAUACGCAGCUGGGACCGGUGACUAUGGCACUGGCGAGGAAGUGUGAGUCGCCGAGCCACCGCUUCCAGGGACCCUGCUCCAGAGACGCAAACUGCGCAACCGUUUGCCGGACUGAAGGUUUUACCGGUGGCAAGUGCAAAGGCCUACGCCACCGCUGCUUCUGUACCAAGGACUGCUAGUUGCCUCGCGUCCUGCUCCUGCAUGCAUAUGUAUGCAUGUCCUGAACGCAUCAGGAGAAUAUGUAUGCAUUACCAAAUGGCAGUAGUACAUGAAUGAAGUAAAUAAUGGAACGCGUCUGUUUUGGACCUUGAA